AUGGAAGCGUCUCCGGAAGGAAACGGAAACCCCGAGGAAAAACCCAAUCCAAAUCAUAAGAAAGGAGAAAACCAGAAAAAGAAUAAUUCGCAAACCGAAACCAAUUCCCAAGACAACACAAAUAUAUCCGGGGAUUCGGUUCAGGAGAUCCAGGAACACUCAAGUGAGACCUUGGAAUCAAGGGAUUCAAGAACAAGAUCCAUAGGAACCACUGGCAGUGCCCAUCUCUCGACAGUGGAGUCUCAGACUUCUGGAUUCACCACCGAGAGCAAUUACCCGACCGCCUUUGGAUACGAACCUCUAACUUCAGGCAGCAGCAGCUCUUUUGGCAGCAUUCAGACCCUUUACGGACCACCUCCCACAAAUUUUCUGCGCGAGGUUCACGUGGAAGUUAACCCCUCUUCGUCUGGAGAGGAGAUCCAGUCCGUUCGCCGGGACUUGCAAGAAUUGCUGGCCAAUGCCAUGUUCCAUAUCGGAGGAUGGAACAAUCAAGCCAUCUAUAUUAUUGCCUAUAACUACAUGUAGUCGGUUCGAAGGAUAUUCAAAAUUUCCAGUGACCAUAUUGAGAGAACUCGAAUGCUUGAUUUUAAAACACACGGUAAUAAGCAAUAAAUACUUCAAGAUUUAUCAAUAAAAACCCUCUUGUAGUUUGAGGGAGUCUAUAUGCA